AUGGCUUUCAGGCUCUCUUUUAUCCUCGCCCUCGUCAGUUUGGUGCUCCAUUCCGCAUGUGCAACUAGCAUGCAUGCCGGCGGAUGCCACACUCGCUACGUCUGCCCAUACAUAGACGAUCUUGAUACCGCAACAAUCACGCAUGCCACUUACACCAGCUACAAAUAUAUCGGCAACUACCAGGGACUUUUCAACGACCAGGGCGGGCAGUUCACGGAACACCAGCGCGGAUCGGGCCCCGUUAACUUCGAGCGGUUAACGGAGGUGGGGACCAUUUUUGACGUCGUGAAGGGCGUGUACGGCGACACGCUGCAGGAGUGCUGCCGCGCAUGUGCGCGCUCCACCUACUGCUACGAAUGGCACUGGUUUAAGAACUUGCGUCUUGCCGGCGAGAACGCGAAUGUGGCAGGAUUUAUCGACCGCGUGCGGUGCUACUUGCUGGAGAAGAACGGCGGCUCGGGCACGUCGGGCUCUUUCAAGACGCCGUACGCGGGCGAAGCGACCAUGCAGAUUGCGAAGGCGGCGUCGUAUCCGCUGAGCUUUGUCGGCGGGCUCUGCAACGGCACGGCGCUCGUCGAAAACGACCCGCAUCUCACGGGUGCGCUCGGCAAUCACUACGACUCCACCGGGCGGCUCGACAAGUCGUUCUGCCUCUUCUCCGACGGUCGAUUCUACGUCAACAUGGACCUGAACGGAUACCAAGGCGCACCACAUGCGCUUCCUGCGUCCGCGAAGUCGAGUGAGUCGAACACGGAGCUGCACAUGUGGAUUAAGGAGGGAAACCAGCAGGAGCGCGGAGAAGGCGGCUUCAUGUCGCUUAUUGAGAUCGACGGCCAGCCGGCUGUCCCGCCGACCGUCGGCGAGUCUAUUGCGACGAAAAGUGGCCUGGUGGUUACCAAAAUCGCGGAGGAGAAAGAGGGGCCGUUCGAUGUGGAUCGGUUCCAGGUGCGCGUGCUGGGGCUGGGGGAGCUGAACGUGCGCGUGCGCGUGGCGCACCCGCUGCUGCAGACGCCGACCGAGGCUGAGACCCACUUCAACGUGGAACUUUCCGACGUGCUGAUGACGUCACCCGUGCACGGCGUGCUGGGGCAGACUUUUAUGAACUCCCCGGAGCAGCUGCAGCGCGCGGUUAAGUACUCGCACUUGGCGGCGCUGCUUCACCACCCCGUGGACGUGGAUAAGGCGGAGGGCAAGGGGUUUCUGGACGGCGAUGUGGAGGACUACAUCUCCUUGUUGAUCAUCGCGCCUUACUGCAAAUACGCCAGCUACGGCUCUGUGUAA